AUGAUCCACAGCCUGUUUCUUAUAAACUGUUCUGGAGAUAUAUUCUUGGAGAAGCACUGGAGGAGCGUUGUGAGCCAAUCUGUGUGCGAUUAUUUCUUCGAAGCUCAGGAGAAAGCAAUCGAUGUUGAGAAUGUGCCUCCUGUCAUCUCAACACCACAUCACUACCUCAUCAGCAUCUAUCGGGAUAAAAUCUUCUUUGUGUCUGUCAUACAGACAGAAGUGCCACCACUCUUUGUAAUUGAAUUUCUACACCGAGUAGCAGAUACUUUCCAGGAUUACUUUGGCGAAUGUUCUGAGACUGCAAUUAAGGACAAUGUAGUUAUUGUGUAUGAACUUCUGGAAGAAAUGUUAGACAAUGGCUUUCCACUGGCAACAGAAUCAAACAUAUUGAAGGAGCUGAUUAAGCCUCCCACAAUUUUGCGCUCCGUUGUCAACUCCAUCACAGGCAGUAGUAAUGUGGGCGACACACUUCCCACCGGACAGUUGUCUAACAUUCCUUGGCGCAGAGCAGGGGUAAAAUACACAAACAACGAAGCCUAUUUUGAUGUCAUUGAAGAAAUUGAUGCGAUUAUAGACAAAUCAGGUUCCACAGUCUUUGCAGAAAUCCAAGGUGUUAUUGAUUCAUGUAUUAAGCUCUCAGGAAUGACUCUUUCUUUCAUGAACCCACGGCUGCUGGAUGACGUCAGCUUCCAUCCGUGUAUUCGGUUCAAACGCUGGGAAUCUGAGAGAGUCCUUUCAUUUAUUCCUCCAGAUGGGAAUUUCAGAUUGAUCUCCUACCGUGUCAGUUCACAGAACUUGGUGGCAAUUCCCGUAUAUGUGAAGCACAUGAUCAGUUUUAAGGAAAACAGUUCUUCGGGAAGAUUUGAUGUUACCAUUGGACCAAAACAGAAUAUGGGGAAAACAGUAGAAGGAGUUGUUAUGACAGUUCACAUGCCAAAGGCCGUACUUAACAUGAACCUCACCGCUACACAAGGCAGCUAUACAUUUGACCCAGUUACUAAAGUGUUAACAUGGGACGUUGGGAAAAUUACCCCUCAAAAGCUACCAAACCUGAAGGGCAUAGUGAACCUGCAGUCUGGAGCCCCCAAGCCAGAGGAGAAUCCAAGUUUAAACAUCCAGUUUAAGAUACAACAGCUUGCAAUUUCAGGACUGAAAGUGAAUCGCCUAGACAUGUAUGGAGAAAAAUACAAGCCUUUUAAAGGUGUCAAAUACAUUACAAAAGCCGGAAAAUUCCAAGUCAGGACAUGAGAAGAUGUCAUGAGAAGAUUUCCUACUUCCAGGAGGAAAUUCCCCCUGAACAAAACUUGACUGCUUAGUGACUUGUUGCUAUUAAUUAGGUGCCAAUUAAUUAAUAGACACUGAUUAGUUUGGGAUCAAAGCAUCUGUGCACAGCAGCUCUUAAGAUGAAAGCAUAGUGUAGUUUUUCUUAUUAUGGCUUUAAAUUAAGGUACUUGUUUUCUAAUACACCUUCACUCUUUUUUUAUGGAAUUGUGCUGGUGAGUAGUUUGAUAGAGGUGAUCCACAAAACGUCGCGAAC